GCCCGGCGUGAGCAGCCUCCGCACGUGGGCGGGGAGCCGGCCCCAGAGCCAUGUACUCCGGGAACAGCAGCCAGGCGCCCGGCCCGGAGCGGCGGGAGGACCUGCCCCUCUUCAGCCCCGGCACCUACGAGCUCCUGGCGCUGCUCGUCGCCACCAUCGGCAUCCUGGGCUUGUGCAACAACCUGCUGGUGCUGGCGCUGUACUACCGCUUCCAGCGGCUGCGCACCCCCACCAGCCUCUUGCUGCUCAACAUCAGCCUCAGCGACCUGCUGGUCUCGCUCUGCGCGGGGACCCUCACCUUCGUGUCCUGCCUCCGCAGCCGCUGGGUCUGGGACGCGCCCGGCUGCGUCUGGGACGGGUUCAGCAACAGCCUCUUCGGAAUUGUUUCCAUCAUGUCCCUCACCGUUCUUGCCUACGAGCGCUACAUUCGAGUCGUUCAUGCAAAAGUGAUUGAUUUCUCUUGGUCCUGGAGGGCCAUCACAUACAUCUGGUUGUACUCAUUAGCUUGGACAGGAGCACCCCUUCUCGGCUGGAACAGAUAUACACUGGAGAUACAUGGACUAGGUUGUUCAGUGGACUGGCAGUCAAAAAACCCCAGUGAUGCCUCCUUUGUGCUCUUUUUCUUUCUUGGUUGCCUAGUGGCACCUGUUGGGAUCAUGGCCUAUUGCUAUGGCCACGUUCUGUAUACAAUACGAAUGCUUCGCUGUGUUGAAGAUUUUCAGACCAUUCAAGUGAUCAAACUCCUAAGAUAUGAAAAGGAAGUGGCUAAAAUGUGUUUUUUAAUGAUCUCCACAUUCCUUAUCUGUUGGAUGCCUUAUGCAGUGGUCUCCCUUUUAAUAGCUGCUGGCUACGGCAACCUUGUAACUCCAACAGUGGCUAUCAUCCCAUCUUUCUUUGCCAAAUCAAGCACUGCAUAUAAUCCAGUCAUCUACAUCUUCAUGAGCAGAAAGUUUCGACGAUGCCUUUUGCAGCUCUUGUGCUUUCGCCUGCUAAGAUUCCAGAGGACCAUGAAAGAAAUACCAGUGUUAGGGAAUGAAAAGCCAAUAAGACCGAUAGUUAUGUCCCAGAAAGCUAGGGACAGGCCAAAGAAGAAAGUGACUUUUAGCUCUUCCUCAAUCAUUUUUAUCAUCACUGGUGAUGACACCCAGCAAAUGGACAACAGCAGCAAACACAAUGGCACGAAAGUAAAUGUGAUCCAAGUAAAGCCACUAUAA